AUGAACUUUCAUCUCAGGAUUUCUCUCAACCCGGGCUACGAGUACACGUUUGAAGCUGUGGUGAGGAUAGAGCCGGAGUUGUCGGAGAUCGGAACCUCCCAGUACGGAGAGGUCAGUGAACUCAUCACGCAGACUUGUCUGCUGUUUCCGCUCACUGCCUUCAACUUCAAGCAGAUGGUCGACUGGGUUUCUCGCGUUGUCCGGAAGAAAUCAUAUGUCAAUGCACUUGCAUCUUCGGAAGCAAGCAACAUCGCAAGAGUCCGUUACAAGAUAAUCUUCGACUCUACCGCCACCUACACCAUCCGAGCAUAUCCCUUCUCUGCCUCCUCCUUUGUGCUGAGACUGUGCUCUGCCGUCCUCUUCUGGUACUUCGGGCUCUGUGCGCUGAUCUACUUGCUGAAGCUGGUCUACUGGGGAGUAUACCUCCCUUCUCGAUCCAAGACCAAAACGCAGCAGAUAGUCGAGUUGGAGGCAAGGGUGAAGGCGUUGAAGAAGGAGUGA